AAGCCAUUGUUAGCUAAAAAAUUCCGCCAUGGUGAAAGUAUCGAACAUAAAUUCGCGUGUUUAACUAGCCAACUAUAUUUGAGCUCUUAGACUCAUAGAUAUAUAUUGUUUGAACAAGUACCGUCGAGAAAAACGAUCCGUGCGCGUCAGAUUCCGUGAAUUUGUCCGCGUUCUCCUGUAGUGUGUUAGCCUAGCAGCAGCAAGACCGCAGGCUGUUUACCGGAGAUUUACUCGCCAUAAUAUCUGAAUCUGGUUUUAAACAUAUUAAGUAAAUUCGAAACCUUUAUAUUUUACAUCUCAUAUUAAACCGCGACACUGUCCGCCGCCUCGCAGGAUUCGGUGAAGAGUGAAGGAGAGAUGGCGAGCUCGGUGGGGAACGUGGCUGAUAGCACAGAACCAACCAAACGUUUGCUUUCCUUCCAAGGGUUGGCAGAGCUGGCGCACCGGGAGUAUCAGUCGGGGGACUUCGAGGCGGCCGAGCGCCACUGCAUGCAGUUGUGGAGGCAGGAGCCCGAUAACACCGGCGUUCUGCUGCUGCUCUCCUCCAUACACUUCCAGUGUCGCAGGCUUGACAGGUCGGCCCACUUCAGCACGCUGGCCAUCAAGCAGAACCCCAUGCUGGCCGAGGCUUACUCUAACCUGGGCAAUGUGUACAAGGAGCGGGGUCAACUACAGGAGGCCAUCGAGCACUACCGCCACGCGCUCCGCCUCAAGCCGGACUUCAUCGACGGAUACAUCAACCUGGCAGCUGCGCUGGUGGCAGCCGGAGACAUGGAGGGAGCCGUUCAAGCUUACGUCUCCGCUCUCCAGUACAACCCUGAUCUAUAUUGUGUUCGCAGUGACUUGGGUAACCUGCUGAAGGCGCUCGGGCGUCUUGAAGAGGCAAAGGCUUGUUACCUGAAAGCAAUUGAGACGCAGCCGAACUUCGCCGUGGCCUGGAGUAACCUGGGCUGCGUGUUCAACGCCCAGGGAGAGAUCUGGCUGGCUAUACAUCAUUUUGAGAAGGCUGUGACCUUGGACCCAAACUUUUUGGAUGCUUACAUCAACUUGGGCAACGUUCUGAAAGAGGCUCGUAUCUUUGACAGAGCUGUUGCAGGUUAUCUGCGCGCCCUCAGCCUGAGCCCGAACCAUGCUGUCGUUCAUGGGAACCUGGCUUGCGUGUACUACGAGCAGGGUUUGAUCGACCUGGCCAUCGACACCUACCGUCGUGCCAUUGAGCUGCAACCACACUUUCCUGAUGCGUACUGCAAUCUCGCUAAUGCACUGAAGGAGAAGGGCAAUGUUUCUGAAGCUGAGGAGUGUUACAACACCGCCCUGCGUCUGUGCCCGACUCACGCCGACUCCCUGAACAAUCUGGCCAACAUCAAGCGUGAGCAAGGCAACAUCGAGGAUGCUGUGCAGCUCUACAGGAAAGCACUGGAGGUUUUCCCUGAAUUUGCCGCUGCCCAUUCAAACCUGGCCAGUGUCCUGCAGCAGCAGGGGAAACUUCAGGAGGCUCUCAUGCACUAUAAGGAGGCCAUCAGAAUCAGCCCCACGUUUGCUGAUGCCUACUCCAACAUGGGUAACACCCUUAAAGAGAUGCAGGACGUUCAGGGGGCGCUGACGUGCUACACCCGAGCCAUUCAGAUCAACCCCGCUUUUGCCGACGCGCACAGCAACUUGGCUUCCAUACACAAGGAUUCUGGGAACAUUCCUGAGGCGAUUGCCUCUUAUCGCACUGCCCUGAAGCUCAAGCCCGACUUCCCUGAUGCCUACUGUAACCUGGCUCACUGUCUACAGAUUGUAUGCGACUGGACUGACUAUGACGAGCGUAUGAAGAAGCUGGUGAGCAUUGUGGCUGAUCAGCUGGAUAAGAACCGCCUGCCGUCAGUGCACCCCCAUCACAGCAUGCUGUACCCCCUCUCGCACGGCUUCCGCAAGGCCAUUGCAGAGAGACAUGGCAACUUGUGUCUGGAUAAGAUCAAUGCUCUUCACAAACCUGCUUAUGAGCAUCCGAAGGACCUGAAGGCCAGCGCAGGCCGUUUGCGUGUGGGUUAUGUCAGCUCAGAUUUCGGCAACCAUCCCACUUCUCACCUGAUGCAGUCCAUCCCUGGCAUGCACAACUCCGAGAAGUUUGAGGUGUUCUGCUACGCUCUCAGCCCUGACGACAGCACCAACUUCAGAGUCAAAGUCUUGGCCGAGUCUCAUCACUUCAUCGACCUCUCACAGAUCCCUUGUAAUGGAAAAGCAGCCGACAGGAUCUUUCAGGAUGGAGUCCACAUCCUGGUCAACAUGAACGGGUAUACUAAAGGAGCGCGCAACGAGCUGUUCGCACUGCGCCCGGCGCCCAUUCAGGCCAUGUGGCUUGGAUACCCAGGCACCAGUGGUGCUCCCUUCAUGGACUACAUCAUCAGUGACAAGGACACGUCGCCCAUUGAGGUCGCGGAGCAGUACUCGGAGAAACUGGCCUACAUGCCCAACACCUUCUUCAUUGGAGAUCACGCCAACAUGUUCCCUCACCUCAAGAAAAAAGCAGUGAUCGACUUCAAGUCAAACGGACACAUUUUUGACAACCGCAUAGUGCUGAAUGGCAUCGAUCUGAAAGCCUUUCUGGAGAGUCUGCCGGAUGUCAAAGUGGUGAAGAUGGAGUGUGAUGGUCAAGAGGUGGCUGACGCCAACGGUACCCUUUCCAUGCCCGUCAUCCCCAUGAACACGGCUGCCGAGGCCAUCAUUAACAUGAUCAACCAAGGCCAGAUCCAGGUCACCAUCAACGGCUUCACCGUCAGCAACGGCCUGGCCACCACUCAGAUUUUUACAUUGGAGGAGGUUGUAGUAUCUGGGACUGUAGCUCUGCAGAUCAACAACAAGGCAGCAACCGGAGAAGAAGUUCCCAGAACGAUUGUGGUGACCACCCGCUCGCAAUACGGCCUUCCUGAAGACGCGAUUGUCUAUUGCAACUUCAACCAGCUCUAUAAGAUUGACCCUCCCACCCUGCAGAUGUGGGCCAAUAUCCUGAAGCGUGUGCCCAACAGUGUGCUGUGGCUGCUGCGCUUCCCGGCCGUGGGCGAGCCCAAUAUCCAGCAGUACGCCCAGAACCUGGGCCUGCCCGCGUCCCGCAUCAUCUUCUCCCCGGUGGCCCCGAAGGAGGAGCACGUGCGGCGAGGACAGCUGGCCGACGUGUGCCUUGACACCCCGCUCUGCAACGGACACACCACAGGCAUGGACGUGCUGUGGGCCGGGACGCCCAUGGUCACUAUGCCAGGAGAGACGCUGGCGUCACGAGUCGCCGCCUCUCAGCUCACGUGUCUCGGCUGCCUCGAACUCAUCGCUCAGAGCCGACAGGAGUAUGAAGACGUCGCCGUGAAGCUCGGCACUGAUAUGGAAUUCCUGAAGAAGGUGCGCUCCCGCGUGUGGAAGCAGCGCAUCUGCAGCCCGCUCUUCAACACCAAACAGUACACGCUGGACCUGGAGCGGCUGUACCUGCAGAUGUGGGAGCGUCACGCCGCCGGAGCCAAGCCCGACCACCUGGUGAAGAUGCAGUCCGCGGAGAGCAGCGAGAGCACCUGAGCGAGGCCAGCACUGCAUGUGUGUGUGUGUGUGUCAGAGACUCGAUGAGCCACAGGUGAGCACGAUCACCCCGGACAGCUUUAGUUCCCGCGAGCCGGACCCGGACCACACACACUUCCCCUUCGCCUGACGAAAUUGAUGUUUGUUGGCUCCACUGAUUUUGUUUAGUUUGUUUUUCUGUGCUUGAUUUGAAGUGGAUCUGGAGAUAAUCCUGCAAAUGUACACCAAUAAUCAACGCAGAUAGGGUUUUUUUCUGUUUUUGUUAGUUAGCUUAUGUGCGUCUUGAACUAGCUUGGCUUAACCCCGGGUGACGGAUGCACACCUCGGAUCUCCAGUCUCUCCCCAACCCAAUGCCAACUCCGUGUCCGUAUGCAGUCGAUAGAAAAUAAUCCCUCUGUUGUUUUUGAGCACACGCUAAACAGAGGAGUGUCUUAUUACACGCUGACAAGGCCUGCAAACCGCUCGAGUGUCGACUCCUGGCUUCUCUUUGUUUUUUUAUGGUUUUACCAGGAAAGGUGUAGGUAAGUAUGUUCUCCGAUGUUUUGGUUUUGUACACUGUCUUCCUAUGAACUGGUUUUAUUUAUGCUGUCGGUGUCACUUCCGCGAGGCUCUCUGCAGAAACUGAAAUAAAGAGAUGUGGCGAACCUCGGAGAGAGGUGCACGUGCUCGGCUGCGCUUCCGUUUUGUUCCAGUCCUUUAGGAGCCGACACAUUAUGAAACUAACAAUAGUAACAUCCUGAAUACUGGUUAUUGUGAUUAUAUUGCUGUUACGUUGUUGCUGACUGAACUGUGAUGUGCACCCAUUGUAAAUUUGAUCGCUGUAUUCAGUUUAGUUCAAUAAAGAAAUGCUAAAGAUGUUUCUACA